UUUGGCGCUGGGAAAACACGCGUCGCGGUCGUGCUAUUACGAUUACGAUUGCGACAUCGACCGUCAUGUUGCCACCACUCAGAUGUCCCCCCGCCGAGGUCUCGCUGGUCCCGGUUCACAGGAGCAGCGCUGGCCUUUGAGGAGACUGGACACGUGACACGCCUGUUGAUCUAGAAGCAAAGUAAGAGCUCCCUUUUUGUCAUUUUGACACAGUCGUUUGUGUCUUAGCGUGUCCGAGUGCACCACCUGCCUAAAAGAUUAGACGCCGGCGUCAUGGAGAAUCUGAGGCGGAAGGUGGAGGUCAUGUCGCAGUCAAUAUGCCCGAGUUCACGGGCCCCAUCUGAGGAGGAUUCCAAGGCCCAGAAUAAUGGGAAAGAAGAGAAGAUCCACUUGAGGAGAGAAAUCUCCCUUUUGAACGGGAUCUGCCUGAUCGUGGGGAACAUGAUCGGCUCUGGAAUCUUCGUCUCCCCGAAGGGGGUGCUCAUGCACAGUUCCUCCUACGGGCUGUCUUUGGUCAUUUGGGCCGUCGGGGGCGUAUUCUCCGUGUUUGGCGCUUUGUGCUACGCGGAGCUCGGCACCACCAUCCCCAUGUCCGGAGCCAGCUACGCCUACAUCCUGGAGUCGUUUGGAGGCUUCCUCGCCUUCAUCCGUCUGUGGACGUCCAUCCUGCUGAUCGAGCCGGCCAGCCAGGCUGUGAUUUCGCUGACCUUCGCCAACUACCUGGUGGAGGCUUUCUACCCCACCUGCCAGCCGCCGUACGACGCCGUCCGACUUAUCGCUGCAGCCUGUCUCUGUUUGCUCAUCUUUAUUAACUGUGCCUGCGUGAAGUGGGGGACGCGGGUGCAGGACAUAUUCACUUACGCCAAACUCAUGUCGCUCUGCCUCAUCAUCAUCGUAGGAAUACUGAAGAUAACAUCUGGAGAAUCAAAGAGCUUUGAUAGUCCGUUCGAGGGAUCCAACACAGAUCCCGGAGCCAUUGCUUUGGCCCUCUACUCGGCUCUGUUCUCCUACUCCGGCUGGGACACACUCAACUUUGUCACCGAAGAGAUUCAGAAUCCAGAGAGGAACUUGCCCCUGGCCAUUGCAAUCUCCAUGCCCAUCGUUACCAUCGUCUACCUGCUGACCAACGCUGCGUACUACGUGGUUUUGGACAUGGCGUCCCUGCUGGCCAGUGACGCCGUUGCUGUGACGUUUGGCAACGCGGCCCUCGGGCCGUUCAAGUGGAUCAUCCCCGUUUCAGUGGCCAUGUCGUGCUACGGAGGACUCAAUGCUUCUAUCAUUUCCGCCUCACGGCUGUUUUUCGUUGGCGCCAGAGAGGGCCACCUCCCCAACAGUCUGAGUCUGAUCCACACGCAGCGCUACACACCCAUACCUGCACUGCUCUUCAACGGGUUGAUGGGUCUGAUCUUCCUGUGUGUGGAGGACGUGUUCCAGCUCAUCAACUACUUCAGCUUCAGCUACUGGCUCUACGUGGGUCUGUCGGUGGCCGGCCUCAUCUACCUGCGCAUCACUCAGCCGGACAGACACAGGCCGGUGAAGUUGAGUUUGUUCUUCCCCUUUAUCUACUGUCUGUGUAGCCUGUUCUUAGUCAUCGUUCCUCUGUACGGAGACACCAUCAACUCCCUCAUAGGAAUCGCGAUUGCGCUGUCCGGGGUGCCCGUCUACUAUGUGGCCAUCUACCUGCCCGAUGAGAGGAGGCCAAAAUUCCUACGCAAGUUAAACGACUUUGCCACCAGAUCGACCCAGGUGCUGCUCUGCUGCUGUCUGACUGAAUUUGACACCGAGACAGAAGCAGGCGGUAAAACGCAGUGAGCUGCAGACGAUGCAUUGCUCUCUGGCCGUCUUUCUGCAGGAGGACUCAGUUUUUGACCGAAUGUCAAUGUGCAUUGCGCUCACAAACCCGGGAGGGCUUUGCAGGGACGGAGUGACGUGGCGCGGGCUCGCAACGUUUGUGAGGAUUACUUCUCCCAGGUCAAUGUUAAAAGAGGCCUGACAUCGCAAAUUACUCAUUACCAAGGAGAAACUGUGACUUUCUUGUGAAUAUGCGAUGCCCUUUGACGUCAGGGGAUUUCAUCCACCAACCGAACACUUUUUUUAUUUUUUGCACUUGUGUAUGAAGAAGUUUGAAAUAAAAGCUAAUUGUACUUAUAAUGGCCCUUAUCUAUAGCAAGCUGUAAAUCGGCUUAUUUGAUGAAGUUGCACUUUCUUGUUUCUUGUUAAUUUGGGUUUGAAUCCUUAUGGUUGAAAUGCACUUAUUGUAAGUCGCUUUGCACAAAAGCAUCAGCUAAAUGACAUGUAAUGUAACGUAAUGUAAUUACACAAAUGUGAAGACUAUGAAAUUGUUCAUUUCAACCAA